GAGUCGGAUUUAAAACGUGAGUGUAUGUUCACUCUUGCAGGCUCACAUCAAGUUCCCAGUGGACUACCCGUAUUUACCGCCAACCUUUCGUUUCAUCACCAAGAUGUGGCACCCCAACAUCUAUGAGAAUGGCGACGUGUGCAUCUCCAUCCUGCACCCUCCGGUUGAUGAUCCACAGAGCGGGGAGCUGCCGUCGGAAAGAUGGAAUCCGACCCAGAAUGUCAGGACCAUCCUGCUUAGCGUCAUCUCUCUACUCAACGAGCCAAAUACCUUUUCCCCUGCCAACGUGGACGCUUCGGUGAUGUUUCGCAGAUGGAGGGACAGCAAAGGCAAGGACAAAGAGUAUGCAGAGAUUAUCAGAAAACAGGUGAUGUCCACAGCGGCGGAUGCCGAUCGCGACGGCGUCAAGGUGCCAACCACGCUGGCGGAGUACUGUGUCCAGACCAGGGUUCCCUCUCAGGACAGUAGCUCAGACCUUCUCUACGAUGACCUUUACGACGACAUGGAGGAGGACGAGGAGGACGAUGACGAGAGCGAGAUGGAGUCGAUAGGCGAAGCCGGAGCGGUGGGUUGCGUGGAGGACGGCGAGACGUCCAACAGAUGUUACGACAACCAGGAUGACUCUGGCAACGAAGAGUCAUGAUGAUCUGGAUCGUUACUGCUCCUUGCCAACUCCCUGAAUCCUUUGCCUCAUUUUGUGUGUGUGUGUGUGUGUGUGUGUGUGUGUGUGUGUGUGUGUGUGUGUGUGUGUGUGUGUGUGUGUGUGUGUGUACAGUGGGGUCAAAGGUCUACUGCCAAAAACUUUUCAUCAUCUAUUAAACAGUUAAAUAGUCAAAUAAUGUCUCUCCAGUACUUUUUACGUAAGAUUUCAAAAAAAAAAAUUGUUGUCAAGUCACCGUUUGCCUUAAUUACUAGCUUGCACAUCGUCUGUAUUGCAGAAACAAUUUGGCGUUUCUUCAACGCACCCCCAGUAAUGUUUAGGAUUUUGAUGUUUUGUUUUGUUUUUUUUUCUUGUCAUUGAGGGCGAUUGAGAAUACAUCCUUAUAAACGUUAAACUAGAUAAUGUGAAGUGACAUUUUUGGUUUGAAGAUAUUCUGGAGAAGCAAUUCCCAAUAUGUACGCUCACUGACCACUUCAUUAGGUACACUUGCCCUCUGUAAUUGAGAUGGAAUACGCCAAAUGAAAAAAAAAAUAUUCUUCCCUUAAAAUAUGACAGUCAGGCUCAGUUUUGACAACUGCGAAGAGAUAUCAUUUGUGUAUUUCUAUUUCAUUUCCGGUAUCAUUCGGAUUACGCUGCCAAAUAUUGUCGAUCUCUUUUAUGAUGCGUGGAAACGAAAAAUUGAUUUAUGGUGAAUUUGGUGGGUAACCAAAACCGUCUUUUCUGAUGCAGCACCUCAUCACAUUUUGCAGAAGUAUUGAUUGUGUCGGCUUGAUGAGUGCUGGUCGGUCGGACCGUUAUCAAAAUGAUGACUGACGUUUAUCUCUUCAAAGUAUGCCUUGUCUGCCAAUUUCGUCAAUAAUAUUUGAUAAAUGAUGAAAACAACGACCUGGUCGGAUUCUCCCCAGCCCCACUGUUCAUUGUCUGUCUGUUUUUGUCUUCGAUGCCAUCCCACGUCUCCCUUCUUGUCGCUUUUUUUUUUUUUUUUGGGAUGUCCUCCUAAGCGUGUGUUGACUUUUCAAGGAAUGAACACGAAGAUUGUGGCAAAUGGACAAAGUGACAGCGAACGACUAAGCCACCAGGGAGGCCGGCCAGGGCAAGGUGUCUGACGGUGUCACACGUCCGCAAUUUCGAUGCAAUCAGCAAAACUGUCGACGCAAAGCUCUGCUGGGCCCGGUCAACAGCAGCGUCCAUCACCACUGAUCCCUCAAAAGGGGUGCCCAAGUUGAAGACUUUCUCUGCACCCCCUCUCUGCCUCUUAAAAAGCUCAGGGCCUCGAUAGACUUUCACUGAGAG